AUGUUAGAGCUUGACCAGAAAAGACUAUACUAUGUUUUAGCUGCUGACCACCUCUUAUUAUCAGAUACCUUACAAAGUGAGUGGUCCAAAAAGACUGUGCAGAUUUCUAGUGUAGAUUUGAGAACUAGGACUAAAAUAUGUUUAGUAAAAUCUGAGGCAGUUAGAAGUAACCAAAUAUCUGGAAAAACAAAUAAUAAUAAUAAUAUAGAGAUAGCUGAUGGAAUCAACAACAAAAAUAAGUACAAUAUAGCAAAACUAAAAAAGAAACAAAAUAAUUUUAUUGUAUUCAUCAAGAAUCUGUGGGGUAAAUAUGGUUACAUAGGAAUAUCUGUUUACCUAAUAGUUUAUGUCACUACCCUAGGGUCUUUUUGGCUUAUAUCUUAUAAUAGAAUUCUAAAUGAGGAGUUUCUAGUGCAAAUCUUGGAGUUUUUAAAGAUAAGUGAUCGCUUUGAUACAUUAUCAAUUGGAAGCACCAAUACUCCCUGGAGAAGAUUUUUAAUAGCGUGGGUUGCUACCAAAAUAACUGAACCGUUUAGAGCCAUAUUAUCUGCAUCACUAACACCACACAUAUAUAAACGUCUUUUAAAAAGAUUUCCACAUUGGUUUAAUUGA